GAACACUCGCACGAGUAACUGCAAACUUGUCAGGCACUGAUGAAUCUAUUGUACAGAGCUUGGGAAUGCAAGGAUGGUUGUGUGCAUUAAACCAUCAGCAAAAAUAUGCUAUGUAUAUGAGAGAGAGAAAGACUAGGAUCUGGUCCCAACAAAUCUCUGCGCUACGCUGUGCAGUUCAAAGAUAUAUAGUAAGAGCGACCAUUGCAUAGUCUACAGGGAAUACUUAGCGAGUGAUAGAGUAAAGAUUGUACACGGCAAAUUGAGAGAGAUUAUAGGCCUAAGUCUAGUCUACAACGCUGCCCUGCUAGCUUCCACCGACACAUCACAGCAGCACUUCAGCACCUGUUCCUACGAUGUGGAAGUUUAUGUUUGUAUGCGUUGCCAUACUGGGCAAUCUAGGAGUUGUAUCUUCGUCCAUUCGUGGCGCAGUUACUGUGCCUCGAAACUUCCGUCUCUUGGAAGAGUUGGAGGAAGGCCAGGAGGGCGCUGGUGAUGGUACAAUAAGCUGGGGAUUGGCGAACGAGGAUGACAAGACGUUGAGUGAUUGGACUGGCAUGAUCAUUGGACCCCCUGGGACCCCUUAUGAAGGUCGUGUAUAUUCUUUGAUGCUGAGGUGUGGACAGAAGUAUCCUGACGUGCCUCCCAGUGUGCGCUUCAUCACCAGGAUCAACUUGACCGGCGUCGGCGCGCAAGGCCUUGUUGACGACAGGUUUUACUUUGUACUUGCAAAGUGGCAAAGAAGUUACACCAUCAAGACUGUGCUAACAGACAUAAAGAGAAAAAUGGCGCUCCAAGAAAACAGGAAAUUACCACAGCCUCCUGAGGGUUCCGUAUAUUGAGUGUGGUAUAGCAGCUUGUCUAGACCGCUACCCAUUGCACUCCAUAUCAGUGUUAUCAAAUAUCAUGUAUGGUAGAGCAACAUCAUUAAGCUCAAAUCAGUGCGAACAACAGUUUGCUUUAUAUUUACAAAUAGGUCAUUUGGGAGACAUUUUGUGGUAAAUUUUUCAGCAUUAGGGAGACAUCGGCUUUUAGG